UCAAAAUUUCAUUUCCUUUUCUUCUUCUUCUUCUUCUUCUUCUUCUUCUUCUUCUUCUUCUUCAUCAUCAUCAAACUGAAGCCUGAUUUCAGCUCCUCUUUCGCGCUCCAAAAUACGUACGAUCCACAAUCGUAGAAUCGUAUAUUUCGUUGUGUAUUUGUAAUGUAUCUUUUCGUGUAGGUUAUGGAAGAUACAAAACCAAACAAGCAAGCCAACAAUGGAGACCUAUUUGACGACGCGCCAGAGGAAUUUCCCUUCGACGAUUGCAACGGAAGCUCUUCCGACAGCGAAACUGGCGGAUCGGAAGCUGUCGUAAACCCUAAUCCAUCCCCGGAAAAUGAAGAUUUUCCGUCGUCGUCUCUCCGGCGCCGGCGACCUCUUUCUUACAGUGAUUCUGAUAAUGAUUCGGCUAAUUUUAGACCUUUGGUAAGUUCCGAGAGUUAUUUGAAUUCUAGAGAGAGAAAGCUAAUGUCAAUGGAGAAGGAUAAAAAUGGAAGUUUGAAUUAUAUAGAAAAUUCGAACGCAAUGCAGCUUGAUUUGAGCAGAGGAAGUCAAAAAAGUAGUGUUGAUGAAGAAAAUAAGGAGAUUUCGACGGUUAUGAAUGCUAAUAGUGUAAUAAUAGGUAAUUCGAACGAUGAUCAUUUAAUGUUGAAAGAGGAUUCUGUAAUUACGGAUGUGAACAAUGACAGAAUAGAUAAUUCGGAGGUAGUUGAUUCGCAUUUGAGAGGAAGUGAUGAUUCAAGUUCAAAUAUUUUGUUUGAUUUAGCCAAUUUGGUGAUAAAAGCUGUUGGCUUUCAAGUUAAUAUGUUGAUAACUUUUGUGAGUUUGAUGAUAAAGUUGUUUUCAUUUCCUGUAUGGGUAAUUUAUAGCUCUUAUAUGUUUGUGAUGGAUCCGUUUCAAAUAAUGAGGCGUGGAAAAAGAUAUGCGAUGCACAAGUUUAUGAGGAGUUUUGGAUUUGUGUUUGAAUGGUUGAAGGAGCAGAGGUCAGUGUGGAAGUUGGGGUUGAAACUUGGAUGGGGAUGUUUGUGGUCUGUGUAUGUAUGUGUUGUUUUGGUUGGAUUGCUGGUAUCGGCUUUUAUAAUUGGUGGCAUCUUGAUGAGAAUUAUGGUGGAAGAGCCGAUCAGGAUGAACGAGCCUUUGAAUUUUGAUUAUACAGCAAAAAGCCCAGUUGCAUAUGUGCCUGUAAUAAGGAGUCCAGUUGUGACCUGUGGUGUAGGUAGUAAGGAUCAAGUGGAGGUUGGGAUGGUUGAGGGGGUGCGAGUUAUCCCACUUAAUCAUCAGUUGCAGGUUACUGUUUCAUUAACGUUGCCGGAGUCUGACUACAACCGAAAUCUGGGCAUUUUUCAGGUGAGGGCGGAUUUCCUCACUGCUAAUGGUAAAGUGCUAGCUAGCUCCAGGCGACCCUGUAUGUUGCAAUUCAAAAGCAAUCCUAUACGCCUUUUCUCUACUUUCCUUAAGGCUGCCCCUCUUGUCACCGGAUAUACAUCAGAAUCCCAAAAGUUGAAGGUGUACUUAAAGGGUUUCUCUGAAGGUUUCGUUCCAACGGCAUGCUUGAGGGUGAUCAUUGAGCAACGAGCUGAGUUCCAAACUGGAGGUGGAAUUCCUGAAAUGUAUGCUGCCUCUUUAACACUGGAAUCUGAACUUCCUUUUCUGAAAAGAAUGCUAUGGUAUUGGAAGACAACAUUAUUUGUGUGGGUUAGCAUGAUGUUGUUUACCAUGGAAUUUCUGUUCGCUCUUCUUUGCUGCAAACCUCUUAUCAUUCCAAGACUAAGACUGAGGCAUGAUUCAAACAGUCGUGCGGGUUCACCUAACAACCCACCAACUGAAAGGUAGUCGAAAGCUUAUGGUUUGAUCUCUUAAAAUUAUGCUGUCAUUUCUUUUUUAAUUGUACAUAACUGGUAGCCGGUAGGUGUGUUGAUUCUUUCCCCGAUUGGAACUUAUGUCGACACGUACGCAUAGUGACUGGUUUUUACUUUUCAAGUAAUUCUAUGAAAAUAUACACCUUCUCAUGAACUUCAUUUUUCUUUGACAAGUA